CUCUUUCCCCAGGUUUCUUUGAACCCCCCUCUCCCCACCAAGAAACUGUCGGCUGUUACUUGGUUCCUACCGUCAACAUGUGGACGACCACCAGCGGCUUGAGUGGUCGGCCACUCCGGCUGAGCAUCACCUUCGCGGCUGUCGUGGGUUUCUCGCUCUUCGGCUACAACCAGGGUAUGAUGGCUGGCCUUCUCAACGGCAAGGAGUUCGUGAACACUUUUCCAAUCCUGGCAAUGCCUGAGAAUCCGACUGCGGGGGAAAAACACUACAUCGACGUCAUCCGUGGUGCGGUCACUUCCUGCUAUGAGCUUGGUUGUUUCUUCGGCGCGAUGUUCUCCAUGUUCUUCGGCGACAGACUCGGCCGUACUCGCCUGAUUUGCAUGGGUGCCAGUGUCCUGAUCGUUGGCGCCUUGCUUACAACGGUCUGCUUCACUGGUAAAUGGGAAGUUGGUCAAUUCGUCAUUGGUCGUGUUGUAUCGGGCAUUGGCAAUGGUAUGAACACGGCCACGAUCCCCGUCUGGCAAUCGGAAUGCUCCGGAGCUCAUAACCGUGGCUUCCUGGUCUGCUUUGAGGGCGCGAUGAUUGCUGGUGGUACCUUUAUUGCCUACUGGGUGGUCUUUGGUCUGUCGCACGCCGCGGAUACUGUCCAGUGGCGAUUCCCUGUGGCGCUCCAGAUCUUUUUCGCUCUCAUUGUCGCCGCCGGUGCCGUGAUGCUCCCGGAUUCCCCAUCGUGGUUUGUCCUGAGAGGAUUUGACAAGGAGGCUUGUGAAGUUCUCGGUAAACUCAAGGGCGCCGCUCCCGAUUCCGAUGAAGUCCUUCAUGACUUCAACUUCAUUAAAACGGAUAUGGAAUCCUCUAAGAAUUCCCAGUCCAACUGGAAGGCAGUAUUUACAUUUGGUAAAACUCAGGAAUUCCAGCGUCUUCUUAUCGGUUGCUCUGGCCAGUUCUUCCAGCAGUUUACUGGCUGCAACGCUGCUAUCUACUACUCCACAUUACUUUUCCAAGAGAAUCUCCAUAUGGAGGAAUAUCUAUCUCUCAUUAUGGGUGGUGUCUUCGCGACUGUUUACGUCAUUGCCACGAUCCCGUCCUUUUUCAUGAUUGAAAAAGUGGGCCGCCGGAAUCUCUACUUGGUUGGAUUCCUCGGCCAAGGGCUGAGUUUUGUGAUUACAAUGGCCUGCUUGAUUAAGGAAAACGAGAACAAUGCGAAGGGUGCCGCUGUUGGUAUCUUCCUAUUUAUCACUUUCUUUGCAUUUACUCUCUUGCCACUGCCCUGGAUCUAUCCCCCCGAGAUCAACCCCCUGCGGACCCGGACUGUCGGCGCAUCGGCGUCCACCUGUACGAACUGGAUCUGCAACUUCGCUGUGGUCAUGUUUACCCCGCUUUUCGCUGGCCAGAGUCCAUGGGGUGUUUAUCUCUUCUUCGCACUAUUCAACUUUAUCGGCUUGAUCUUCGGUUUCUUCUUCUAUGUUGAGACCGCCGGGCGUGAGCUCGAAGAAGUCGACAUCAUCUACGCCAAAGCCCAUGUCGAAGGCAGGAUGCCGUUCAGGGUCGCCAACGACAUGCCCAAGCUCACCUUCGAAGAGAUCGUCCAACAGUCUCGCGAGCUCGGCUUGGACACCAACGAUCAUGGUGCUCCGGAGAAGAGCGAGCUGGGCCUCAGCAGUGACAGUGGCCCGGAGACCGAGGAGGUCCAGGAGAAGCACUAAAUUCCUCUUAGUGGAGGUGCUCUAGCUGUGGUUGAAGGUGGUGAUGAUAUGUGAAAGUGGUUGUUAUCUAAUGUCUUUUGAUUGUUCUGUGUAUUUUCGAUUCCCCCAAGUG